AAGUUCUGUGGACUUUUCUUCGCAGCGGCACCUGUCAGAUCUACAUCUUCCUUAUUGCUUGUAGAACGGGUGGAUCACGGUUUAGUUCAAUUUUAAACAACCAUGGCGGAUUCUUCGGGGACGACGCUCAUGGAUCUAAUAUCGGCAGAUCCGUCGCCAGUUCCGGCGACAUCAUCCUCAUCGUCUUCAUCGACGGCAGAGGCGACAGCGUCUCCAUCCGCCCCUCAACAGCCACAUCAUGCGUCGACCAAGACCACGUUGGGGGAGAAGAAGUCCAAGAGAGCGGCACUGAUGCAGAUCCAAAACGACACCAUUUCCGUCGCUAAGGCAGCUUUCAACCCCGUCCGUGCGAACAUUAUUUCUCACCAGAAGCAGAAGAAGAAGCCUGUAUCAUACGUACAACUCGCGAGAAGUAUUCACGAACUAUCCGCUACGUCUGAUCAAAAAAGUUCUCAGAGGCAACUGUUGCAUCACGUGUUUCCCAAACUUGCUGUUUACAAUUCCGUUGAUCCUUCUUUGGCACCAUCUCUUCUCAUGCUCGAUCAGCAAUGUGAGGAUCGGAUGGUCCUACGUUAUGUUUAUUAUUACUUGGCGAGAAUUUUAGCAGAUACUGGUUCCCAGGGUCUAAAUCCAGGUGGUGGGAUCCCUACACCCAAUUGGGAUGCUUUGGCUGACAUUGAUGCAGGUGGAGGUGUAACGAGGGCUGAUGUUGUACCGCUGAUUGUUAAUCAGCUUACAAAAGAGGCCACAAACACUGAUGUUGAAUUCCAUGCCAGAAGAUUACAAGCUUUGAAGGCACUUACUUAUGCCCCUUCAAGCAACAAUGAGAUUUUGUCCAGAUUGUAUGAAAAUGUGUUUGGCAUUCUUGCUAAGGUUGGUGAUGUCCCACAAAAGCGGAAGAAAGGAAUUUUUGGCGCUAAAGGCGGCGAUAAAGAGUCUAUCAUCCGAAGUAAUCUGCAAUAUGCUGCUCUAAGUGCUUUGAGGAGACUUCCUUUAGAUCCUGGAAAUCCAGCAUUUUUGCAUCAUGCUGCGCAGGGGAUUUUGUUUGCCGAUCCUGUUGCUGUUCGGCACUCUUUGGAAAUCAUAUCUGAAUUGGCCGUAAGAGACCCUUAUGCAGUUGCAAUGGCUUUAGGAAAGCUUGUUGCUCCAGGAGGGGCGUUGCAUGAUGUUCUUCAUUUGCAUGAUGUGCUUGCUAGAGUUUCUCUGGCCAGGUUGUGCCAUUCAAUAUCAACGGCGCGAUCGUUAGAUGAGAGGCCUGAUAUUAAAUCCCAGUUCAAUUCUGUGCUCUAUCAACUCCUGCUGGACCCCAGUGAAAGAGUCUGUUUUGAGGCAAUUCUAUGUAUAUUGGGCAAACAUGAUAGCACCGAAAGGACAGAAGAGCGAGCUGCAGGGUGGUAUCGUUUAACCAGGGAGAUUCUAAAGUUACCAGAAGCUCCAUCAAAUUCCAAGGACAAAUCUCAAAAGACAAGGCGCCCACAAGCGCUCAUUGAACUUGUAAUGAGAAGGUUGGAGAGUUCUUUCCGUAGUUUCUCUAGACCAGUACUCCAUGCUGCUGCUAGAGUCGUCCAGGAGAUGGGGAAAAGCAGAGCUGCGGCACAUGCUUUAGGCUUACAAGAUCUUGAUGAAGGAGCUUAUGGGAAUAAAUAUGAGACUGUGGAUUCAUUUGAUUCAGAUAUGAAUGACAGCUCUCAUCCUGAAGGUAUCCGAAGAGCCACUGGUGUAUCCAAUGCAGCUGGUGGCAAGGGUACAAUUGCAGGUAUGCUAGCUUCGCUAAUGGAAAUAGUUAGAACAACUGUGGCAUGUGAAUGUGUUUAUGUUCGGGCAAUGGUGAUCAAGGGAUUGAUUUGGAUGCAAAAUCCACAUGAAUCAUUUGAUGAACUAAAAUCCAUUAUUGCAUCUGAGCUUUCUGACCCAGCUUGGCCAGCAACCCUUUUGAAUGAUGUUUUGCUGACAUUGCAUGCCCGUUUUAAGGCGACGCCAGAUAUGGCCGUUACUCUUCUUGAACUUGCAAGGAUUUUUGCUACUAAAGUUCCAGGGAAGAUCGAUGCUGAUGUUUUACAACUUCUUUGGAAAACUUGUCUUGUUGGAGCUGGUCCUAAUGGGAAACACACCGCCUUGGAAGCAGUCACUAUUGUUCUAGACCUCCCACCCCCACAGCCUGGAUCAAUGUCCGGAUUUACAUCAGUAGACAGGGUAUCUGCAUCUGAUCCAAAGUCGGCUAUAGCAUUACAGAGAUUGGUCCAAGCAGCUGUGUGGUUCCUUGGGGAAAAUGCUAACUAUGCUGCUUCGGAAUAUGCUUGGGAGUCUGCAACACCUCCCGGCACUGCAUUGAUGAUGUUAGAUGCGGAUAAAAUGGUUGCUGCUGCCAGCUCCCGUAAUCCCACACUAGCAGGUGCAUUGACUCGACUCCAGAGGUGUGCUUUCAGCGGUAGCUGGGAGGUUCGCAUUAUUGCUGCUCAAGCUCUUACAACUGUAGCAAUUCGGUCAGGUGAGCCAUUCAGACUACAGAUCUAUGAAUUUUUACAUGCCUUGGCACAGGGUGGUGUGCAAUCUCAGUUAUCUGAAAUGCAUCUCAGCAAUGGAGAAGAUCAAGGAGCCAGUGGUACAGGACUGGGAGUUCUAAUAACUCCUAUGAUCAAAGUUCUCGAUGAAAUGUAUAGUGCACAAGAUGACCUUAUCAAGGAAAUACGCAAUCAUGAUAAUGCAAAUAAAGAAUGGAAAGAUGAAGAGCUUAAGAAAUUGUAUGAAACCCAUGAGCGGUUGCUUGAUCUUGUUUCACUGUUUUGUUACGUGCCACGAGCAAAGUAUCUCCCGUUGGGGCCAAUAAGUUCGAAACUCAUCGAUAUAUAUCGCACGCGACAUAAUAUUAGUGCAUCAGCCGGUUUGAAUGAUCCAGCUGUUGCCACUGGAAUUUCUGAUCUUGUUUAUGAAUCAAAACCGGCUGCUACCGAAUCCGAUACACUCGAUGAUGAUCUAGUAAAUGCUUGGGCAGUCAACCUUGGUGAUGUCCCAGCAGUGAACAGGGUCAACGAAUUUCUUGCUGGUGCCGGAACCGAUGCACCAGAUGUCGAUGAGAACAUCGUCUCUAGACAUUCUGUUAGUUACGACGACAUGUGGGCCAAGACACUUUUGGAGACUACAGAAAUGGAUGAAGAUGAUGCGAGGUCAUCAGGGUCGUCUUCUCCGGAGUCAACCGGAUCGGUUGAAACUUCCAUAUCAUCUCACUUUGGUGGAAUGAACUAUCCUUCAUUGUUCAGUUCUCGACCAACUACUUAUAGUAGUACUCCGAUUAGAGAAGAACCUCCACCAUAUACAUCACCUGAACGACACGAUUCAUUUGAAAACCCCUUAGCUGGCCGCAGUUUUGAUUCCCAGGAUGAUGAUCACAUGUCUUCCGGAAAUCCACAAUUCGGGACUGCAUUGUAUGAUUUUAGUGCAGGUGGAGACGAUGAGCUGAGCUUAACAACUGGAGAAGAGGUUGAGAUCCAGUAUGAAGUUGAUGGAUGGUUUUACGUGAAGAAAAAGCGUCCAGGGAGGGAUGGUAAAAUGGCUGGGUUGGUCCCUGUUCUUUAUGUCAGCCAAAGUUAACGGAAGCUUCUGUCUUUCGGCUUGUCUCGGGACAGCUCGGGUAACUCAAAUUCCCUCCAUUUGUUAAGAUUGAUUAUGUUU